AUGUCAAAGGGCAAUAAGAGCAGGCCAAAGAACCGGAAACGGUUACCGAACGCCAAAAGACCUGCCGAGAAAUCGAAAAAUCGGGUUUUGGAAACCAAAUGCACAAACGAAAACGACAAUAAGACAAUCAAAUCUGUAGCAAGUCCGACGACCCCAGUAUGUCUGGUAGACGAUCUACAGCUGAACUCAAACACCAUUGAGAACUGGCCUACAACUUAUCUUGAAAAUGGUGAUUUUUUCGUGGAGACGAUACGAUCCGCGGCUACUAGCGAAUUGCAAAGGACAGGAACUGUUUCUGAUACAGAUCGAGGCUCUGAAGCCGUCAGUGAUGAGUUUCGCCACUACGACGUGCUGGACGAGCUCCUGUGUGAGCAAGUGGAUCCUACGUUCAGUUUAGUGCCAACCCCGAAAUCCAGGGCGGCCAGUGUGAUGGUCACCAAAAGUGCCAACAACAGUUUUGACUGGGAAGCGUCUGACAAAGAGAAAAUACAAGCGUCUUGGUCGGAAGUUGUUUUAGAGACCCAGUCCAAACUUUAUUCAGCAUAUGCAAAGAUCUACGCCGGGUUUUGGACCGGUGUGGUUCAGUUCAGUCUACGAACCAGCCUUUGGACUAAUAAACUACAGAAUACGCCGAGAUACUCACGAUCUCAUCCUUACAACGCGUUAUUCAUCUUUUCCUUUACAGCGACAUUUGCUCCCGUGGCCAUUGUUUUCGUUUCAGUUAUGUCGAUCAUCUCGAUUUUCCUACUUUUAUUCUACGUAGGCGUGUUUUUGUCAGUGAGUGCAGUGGCUGCAAUGCUUGUUGUUCCUCUGAUGGGGCUGUCAUUGUCGUUUGCUGCUACUGUAAUGAUUUGCGGAUUCUUCAGUAACGCCUUUUUCAGAUUGGCGCAAGUGAUCUACGGCUCAUACUCGGCAUACAGCAAAAGAUCGUUGAGACUCGCUGCCGACCAGAUUCCACCCUCUGUUGGAACUAUGGAGACCACUGGCGAGUCUCGAAGUGAAGCCAUGCUUUCGAAAAUCCCCAAAUUUCCCAGAAAGAAAGUAUCAAGUCCUCUGAGACCAAUUGUGAUUUCUGGAGCGGAGGUUCCAAACAGAAACAUAGAUUUGCAAGUGGCCUAG